AUGAUUCGAACUUCGUAUUAUUUGUGUACAUUAAUUGUUAUUGAAGUAGUUAAAUAUGUGAAUUCUCAUCAACAAGGAAAUCCAAAUUCUGAUCCUUAUCAUUCACCACAGCCUGUUCAAGAACAACAACAACAACUUCAGGCUUAUGACUAUUCUCCUUAUAAUUACAAUAAUCCUCAAUCAUCUUCUUCUUUUGGCAAACGAAAUCCAGAUAGUAAUCGAUAUUAUCCAAAUUUAAAUUCGCAAAAAUCAUCAUCAAGAACUCCAGAAAACUAUUAUACAAAUCCUGAGAAUCCACCUGCGCGUUCAACAUCACAGUGCAAGUUACACAUCAACUGUCCAAAUGCAAGAAAUCGCGUCACCUUAGAUAUUCAGGGACCCGCAGGUCCACCGGGUCCACCAGGAAAACAAGGAUUACAGGGACCUUCGGGACCUCCCGGUUUGCCUGGACCAAGAGGUCGAGAUGGUUACGUUGGAGUUAAAUCUGCCUUUUUUGCCGCCUUAAACGGAACAUUUGUUUUACAAGGCGAUACAGCCAUCAUUGUAUGGGAUGAAAUAAUACUGAAUUAUAACGAUCAUUUAAACAAAACAGCUGGAAUUUAUUUUGCACCUAUUACUGGUUUGUACGAGUUUAGUCUAACCGUAUGUGCUCCAGCUAAUUAUAUUGCAAGUGUAUCUUUAUGUAAGAAUAGUGAAAAUGUCAUUCCGUUAUGGGUUGAGGGAUAUUUAACGACCAUUAAAAAUCAAAAAGUGCCUGUGUGGAAUACAGCAUCUACAACUGUUGUAUUGUAUUUGAAUAAAGGUGAUCGAAUUUAUGUACGUGCACAAUCACGAUCUGACGAUGAUUAUAAUUUCAAAACACAUUUGUACGGUUGGAAAUAUUCGACAUUUGGAGGUUACUUGAUACAUGAAGAACUUUAG